UCCGGGGUCAGGCGUCCCUGUCCGCCCGCCCGCUCGCGGCUCGGGCCCGCCUGCGCGGAAACGCGGGAGGAUGCGCAGCGCGGCGAGUGUCGAGCUUGCGGCCGCCUGCACGACACGUCCCGCUGCCACGCGUGGCCUCUCGUCGUAGGCUGCAGGCGCCGGAGCGCGGUGCCUGCGGGACGCCUGGGCAGCAGGCACUGAAAAAGCCGUAAAGGCGUUCAUCCCCCGGUUGGGAAGAGGGUUCUGCUUAGCCUCUGUCUUUCACGGAGGAUGCGGAAGGCACGGCCAUGGAAAAGAAAUCGCAUUUCGUUAGGAGGGAGCUUCUUCCCAGAGAGGUGUCAUCCAUCUCGCUGGCGUUACUGCUUGCGGCCGUCCUGCUCCUUAAUGUCUUUCUCUACCUGUACCUCAACAAGUUUUCCAGCUCUCUGGGACGUGUCGAAGCGGACUCUGGCCUCUGCCCUUUUGGGCAUUUCAAAUUCGGAGGGGUGAAGAAUUGUUCCCCGUGGCUUUCCUGCGAAGCCAUAAAUAGGGAAGUCAGGAAACUCAAGUGUGUUGGUGAAGGUGCUGUGAAAAAGGUCUUUCUUUCUGAGUGGAAGGAAAAGAAAGUGGUCCUUUCACAGCUCACCAACUCAGGGCUGAAGGAGGACUUUCUCCAUGGACUGAAGAUGCUGAAAGCCCUUCAGAGCAAGCAUGUUGUCCGGCUGCUUGGCUACUGUGAGCAGCAGUUCACAAUCCUCACCGAGUACCAUCCUCUUGGUUCACUGAGAGGCCUGAAUGAAACUCUCCACAUUCCCAAAUACAAGGCCAUGAACACCUGGCAUCGCAGGCUGAUGCUUGCCAUAGACUACGUGAGUGUCAUUCGGUACCUGCACAGCAGCCCCCUGGGCACCCUAGUGAUGUGUGACUCCAAUGACCUGGACAAGGUUCUCUCCCAGUAUCUCCUGACAAGUGACUUCCAUGUUCUGGUGAAUGAUUUGGACGCUCUGCCUCUUGUGAACAGGAGUGCUGGCAGGCUGGUGAAGUGUGGUCACAGGGAGCUCCAGGGUGAGUUUGUAGCUCCUGAGCAGCGUUGGCCCUAUGGAGAAGAUGUGCCAUUCGAUGAUGACCUCAUGCCUCCCUAUGAUGAGAAAACAGACAUCUGGAAAAUCCCAGAUGUCUCCAAUUUUUUCUUGGGCCAUGUUGAAGGAAGUGACAUUGUACGACUGCAUCUGUUUGACAUCCAUGCAGCGUGUAAGAGGAAGGACCCGGCAGAACGGCCCUCUGCCCAAGAGGUCUUAGACACCUACAGGAAAGUUUUAACUCUGCUUAUUCGGGAGGCAGCCAUGCCUAGUACUAGAGAAAUGUUAUAGUGAAUCAUGAGGCAAACAACACGCUGGUGUUUGAAGUUAAUGUCCUUCCUAUUUAUGUAGCUUGCCUGAUGGGCAAAAUCUCUGUCCCCAAAACUGAGAAGAAAAGAACAGCUGAACUUGUACCUCUUGAUUAAAAGAAAAAAAAAUCCCCCUAAUCCAAGAGCUGUGCAAGCUUUCCAUUGGCAUGUUCAAUCUACCAUUGGAAGAGGAGGAGGGAGAGAAAGGAAGUUGUGUGGGUGCAGGGAAAAUUUGUUCCUUAAGAAAUGAUAAAUUUUCUUUUGCAACAUAUACACAAAAAAUAUCUUAAAAAUUAGAGAAAAACAGCUAAAAAUAUAUUGGUCUACCUUAACUUGUUGGUGGAGACUGGAGAGCAGAGACCAUGGCAUGCCCCCCACAAGCUUUGUGCUGAUUACUGUGGCUUUGGCCUAUGUUGUAUCCACAGAGCCCUCAUCUACUUUCCCAUGCAGUAAAAGCAGUGGUCACUCAGAAAGGAAUACCCUGUUUCACUUCAGGUUUUGGUGAGCCCCAGGGCCCGAGCUGCAGUGGCAGUCUCUCCCUGCUGGCUGGGGCAUAGGUUGUGUUUGGAGCCGUAUGGCUGUUGCUCCUGUAUCCCACAAUAGCAAGUGUGUGGCCACUUUUGGAAGCAAGAAGAUGAUGCAGAUUCUGAAGAGUCUGCUUACAGACACAGGUUCUUGGUUUUCAAGCCUUUGUCCUGUGGUAUUCCCAGAUGAGCUCGUCCAAGAUGAAGCUGUCAAAUGCAAGUCUGUCGCCCCCCUGUAAUCCACAGAAAUGCGGAACACUUUGGAAAAGAGAUGAAGCGUGUCUUUUUCUUUUUUCAUUCACCUAUCUAUCUUGGCUUAGUGUCAUCAUGAUUUGAUGGAGAGGAGAAUAACAAGGAACUGAAAGAGAAUGUGACUUCCACAGCAAUAAGCAUUAAACACAACCUUUGGAAAAGAAAAUUCCUGUAUUCAGAGCAUACAACUCUAUUCAAAGUCCAUUAAGGAUAAAGGAAGGCUGCUAAAAAGUAAUCUUUUUGGUGUGUUAGGAAAAAGCUUGAGGUAACCUACAUGGAUGUAACAGCCUGGUACCAACAGCUAGAAAGGAAGAGCAAUAAUGCCUUAAUCCAGCAAUAGGCUGUGUUUGGUGGGACUGGGAUCCAGGAUGUAGUCUCCUUGGUGAAAAACCAGGAAUAAUAUGAAUAAGAAACAUGAACUCCACCAUUGUCCACCUGAGGACUUUCUGUGCUGCAGACUAAACCUUUUAAAGGCCUAAGAGACAACUUCCAUAUUGUGAUCUGAAAGGUGAUUUGUAAGCAGAGAAGUACACUGUCCUUUUUGCUCCUUUUUGAAGAGUUUGGUUUGUUCUUGUCUGUGCUGCUAUUCCUCUGCACAUAAACCAGCCAUGUUCUGACUGCACUGAGAUCAUGCAGUCAUUUCAUAAUGUAUAAUGUUAAAAUGUUGGUAUCAGAAUUUUAUUAUAAAUGGGAAAAAUUUCAUGCAAAUAAGGAAAUUAAUCCCUGAUAUCAUACAAUACAAGCUGCUGAUUAUGCCUUUCCCUCUGGGCAGUGUGUUUUCUUAAAUUAGACUUUUGCCAUUUUCCAAUUAUUUAUUCCUUCCUUGCAACUUUCCUCCUGAGGUUGUCAGAAGACAAAGCUUAGAAAUCAAGUUUUCCAAAAGAGAACAGUGAUUGUGGAUGCUUUGGGUUUGUUUUGAACUUUGACUCAAAACGCCUAAAAGAAGCAUGGGGAAAAGAAAUGCUCUGUUGAAAAUGCAUCAUCCAACCCACAAACUCUUUACUUAUUAUAAGGGUUAGAGUUCUACAGUUUCAGUAUGAAUACAGGAUGUGCAGCAGUUGAAAAAGUCUCGUGUUACAGCACCUUGAAGCCAGGGAUAAGGCUUUAAAGGGUCAAGAGUCACAUCUUCUGCAUGUUCCCCCCACAAUAAUUUGUUACCUUUUGUUAGCCAUCAUGUACACUUGAAAGGGAAAUCAUCAUCUAAUGGCUGUAGACAACCUGUCCAUUAAGGGUUUUUAAGAGUGUAGCAAGGACAGACAAGAACCUGACAAACAUCUUGUGCUGGUGUCUCUUGGUUAAGACAAGCUUCUGCUGGGAUUCUUGCCUUGUUGUGUACUGUUGCACCUUGCAAACAGCCAUAUUAAUUUCACCAAGUGAAAAAAAUAUGGAAAAAUUCUGGUUCGGAAUAAUUAUCUUGCCAUGGAGAUGAUUCCCUGUUCCUGGAUGAAAUAGUUACAAAUUUUUUAAAAAAGAGGUGUCUCCCUAAACAUUCACCUUGAGCAGUGGCUUCUCCAUGUCUCUUUCCCAUUCCCUCUCCUUCAGCUUUUGUGUUGUCCAGCACUGUAUUUCAGCAGGAAUAAAUCAGUUUUGUUCUGAAUACUA